GUAUGAGAAAUAACCAAACUAUUCAAUAACAAUCUGGUGAAGAAAUUUAAGAAAAUUUAUAUUUUUUCAAAAUAAAAAAAUGCAUUUCAUGUUUAUAUAGCUUUAUUUUAAUCCAAAUUCAAACAGGCGAAUGCAGGUCAGUCUCCCGCUACGUUAUCCGCCACAGUUUGAAACUCGUUGGGGUGCUGGGGCACAAUAAACAAGCGGUGGUCGGGACUGUCAGGGGAAGAAACAGAGCGGCUGCUUGACCAAUAGUUCGGGACCGAAGGGGGUUUAAAUAUGUCCUUGCCCCCCGAGAAAGCUCUAGAACUGAAACAGAUUAUUCACAAUCAUCUGACAAAGUAGAUUGAUAUCCAUGGAAAGAUCCGGGAUGUUCUGGCAGAGACUGUUCAUGAAGACAUGGAACGUGCAGGCCACCAGAACCUCUCUGAAGAGGAUUUAAUGAAGGCACUGCGACGAAGGGGAAUCAUAGAUGACGUCAUGAAAGAAGUCCGGUUUGUUGAGGAGGUGUCUGGAAGAGGAGCAGCAUCGACAUCGAAGCCUUCAACACAUUUUGUCGACAAAGAUCCAACAGAGUUACGGAAAACAAACAUUGAUCCGACAAGAAGAUACCUUUACCUACAGGUAUUGGGAGGAAAGGCCUUCCUUGAGUAUCUUCAGGAACCGCAAAAUUUACCUGGACAGCCCUGCUCAACUUUGACUCUGUACCUGCAUUUCCGAAACCAGCGCUUUCGCUCCAAACCUGUCCCUUGUUCAUGUGAGCCAGACUUGCAGGAAGGGUUUCUUCUCGAGAUUCACAAGGACAUAUUAGGAGAAGGCAGCAAGAUGGCAGAUGCAACAACAAUGCUGUCAAUAAGUGAUCCAGUUCACAUGGUCCUGAUUAAAACGGACUCUUCAAGUGACACAACACUGGUGUCUUCCUACUUUUUGGACUGGCGGUCUGUACUGAGCUCCCCGAAAGGGAGUACGGCCUUAGCUCUUGAACUGCUGGGAGUGAGUACUGAAUCCCGAGUUUCAGUGGGAAUUCUAAAUGUGAAGUUGGAACUUUUUCCUGGUCUGUCUCGAACGCUCACUGAAGAAAUAGUACAGACCCAGCAAACCUUGGAAAGGCAGAAAACAUCCGAGAAGGAAAGGCUGUUUCUUGUUUAUGCAAAGCAGUGGUGGAGAGAGUUCUUGCAAAUUCGGCCUUCAAACAAUACAAAGCUGGUCAAAAUCUUUGCCCAGGAUGAAAAUGGUGUAAAUCGCCCAGUAUGCUCAUACGUUAGAAAGCUAAGGGCAGGACGUCUGCUGGACACUCCGAGACAGGCGGCACGUUUUGUCAGCCUUCUGGGUUACGAGAGAGCACCAGUUGUUGGAGGGGGUGGGAAACAGGAGCAGUGGUGCACCUUGCUGGCAUUCCUCUGUCGGAAUAAAGGCGACUGUGAAGAUCAUGCUAACCUCUUGUGCAGCUUGCUCCUUGGUUUUGGCCUGGAUGCUUACAUAUGUGUUGGAACAAAGUCAAAGGCAGUUCCUCACACGUGGGUCAUGACAAUUGGAAUAAAUGGGACCGUCGUUUUCUGGGAGAGUUUAACAGCGCACAGAUACAUUUUCAAACCUGUAAAUCCAGAUGACCCACCUCUCGUGCAGCAACCCAAGCCUGCCUACCCGUACAAAACAAUUGGCUGCGUAUUUAACCACCAGAGCUUCUAUGCCAAUUGUCAGCCCUCUGAUGCCGUAGAGCUGUGUGUCUUUGACUUCAGCAAUGAGUCUCGAUGGAAGGCUAUGAGCGAAGAGGCCAUCAAAUCCGUGUGUGCACCGGGGUCCACCGCCUCUAUCUGUGACUUUCCACCUCUGUGGGCCCCAAUAAUUGACUGUGCAGCCACAAGUAAUGAGAUUGAACAAGAGCUAAGAUACUUGCUGGCUGAGCACCGAAAGGAUUUGGAUUUAUCAACAGUUUGGGAUGACAAUCUUUCGUACCUCCUGUCUCCAGCAUUAUUUGCAUAUGAAAUGGAGCGCAUAUCUGGAGUGUCCAGUGGUAACGAGGAGUUCCAGGAUGCAAUUAGAAAGGUUGUGCCUGAUGGCCACACAUUCAAAGCCUUCCCCAUACAUUUUUUGCACCGGAAUUCACGAAGAGCUUUUGCAACAUGCUUAAGGUCCCCGUUUUGUGAAGAAAUUGUCUGCUGCCGUGGGGAUCACGUGAGAAUCGCGGUACGCGUGAGAACGUUUUCAUACGCCGAGUCCGCUUGUGCCGUCUGGAUUAUGUUUGCUUGUAUUUAUCGCUCGGUAUUGUGAUGAAUACUUUGCUGAUCUACUGGACAUCCUAGCAAGUGUUCCAAUACGUUACGAGACCAGUUAGAUAUUUAUGACUGGAGCAGUUUUAAAGGACUGUCUUAUUUUUAUAUUGUGUAUAUUUUUAUUUUUGUAUAUCCUAUAAAAUAUCAUUUUUUAAAUAACAAUUAUUAAACGAUCCUCAAACCCACUGAUUCCUAUCUCUGCGGCACUUCACACCAAGUGUCCCUAAUUAUGGGAUACUCUCCACUCCAGGAAUUACUCGCUGCUUAUAUGCAGAACUGCGCCACGCUGACCGUGUGACCCAAAUAAACGCCCUGGCACAGAACAUACAGAGGGUUCAGAAAGCAUUGAGACCCCGUCACUUCCUGCACACUUUAUGGUGUUGUAGAUGUCAUUUUAAAGGGAGAAAUGUGACAUCUUUGCCCACCAGUCUACACUCCAUCAUCAACAGGUGGACUCCACCUCGGGUUCUCGAUGCGUCUCAAGGAGUAUUAAAGCAAAUGAGAGGCACCUGAGCACCGUUUGGAGUGUCGCACCAACAGGUCUGAAUACUUCACUUUGUGAUUUUUAAUUAAUUUGCAGACCUUUCUGGUCACACGUCGUCAUUCUUGGGGGUACUGAGGGUGGACGGAUGAGCAAAAGUGACGAAGUAUCCAUUUGAAGUGAAAUCUUGUGAGAGGUGAGCCUACGUAUGAAGGAGUAACAUUGGGUUACGUGACUUUAUUUUUAGCCCCCCAAACUAAUCUGGGAGCUGAAGAAUGGCAUUUCUGACAAACUACCUGCCAAUUUGCCCCCCAUCCGAUAGUCCCCUUUCAUCACAACAAUACUCCAGCGCACGUGACGGUGGACACGCUGCAAGAAUGCGAUUUCCAACUGUGGCCCACCUUCCUAUUUCGCCAGAAUUUGACGCCUUCUGACUUCUUUCUUUCUGUCUGUCCUGAGGUGAAGGAACGCCUUGCAUGGCCCCCCUUUUUAUCCAGACCCCAGGGGUCACCGACCUUUUUGAAACUCAGAGCUACUUCAGGGGUGCGGAGUAAUACGAAGGGCUACUUGUUUGAUACGAACUUCCUGAACAACAUAAGUUGUAUGGUUCACCUUUAAUGAUAUUAUUAAUAUACACUGGAACCUUGGAUUGCGAGUGUAAUUUGUUCCGGAAACGUCCUUGUAAUCCAAAGCACUUGUAUAUCAAAGCGAA